AUGUAAUCUCAUAUUCCAUGACUCUUCCUCCCUCCUGCAGUUUGACAAGGUGGAAAAAUUUAGGAAGUUAUCAGCCAGCGUUAGCCUCGAUUGCUAUUUGGUGAUGGUGCCCUCAGUAUUUGGACGUGUAUCCAUCUGCUCAUGUGACGGACCUCAACAGAAAUGAGUAAAGACAAUGCACGGAUCGAAAUGGACCUGGCUUUUGGAUCAGCCAAGCCCUAUGGGUCCUCCAGAAGUAUUGUGAGGAGAAUAGCUACUAGUCUUCCACUGAAACCCUGCCCCAGGGUUCAUUUUCAGCUUUAUCCAUACUCUGAGGACGCUGGUGUCCUGAUUGGUGCCAGGAAGCAGAACGGUCUCGUUGCCACGCUAGCUGAUGUCGCCUGGAUCGACCAGGAAGAGGAUGAUGAUGAUGAUGAUGAAGACUACCUUGGGAGACCUAGGUCAGGGCUCCCAUCAGGGCUCAUGUUUCGAGCCCGCCAGCCUCACCCUCAGGCAAAACCCUUAACCCGCCGGAGGUCGCUACCAAGCCUGCAUCAGGGGGCUCCUGACCCGCAGGGGCCGACAAUCGCAAAUGAUGAGGCCAUUCAGAAGAUCAGCGCACUGGAGACUGAACUUGCUAAACUCAGAGCUCAGAUAGCACAAAUUGUACUGGCGCAAGAAAAGAGCACACAGCCAGCUGCUACCACAGGGGCCCCUCCUCCUCCCCCUCCACCCGGUGGCACCCUGCCUCCCCCUCCCCCACCCCCCCCUCCCCCACCACCUCCACCACCACCCCCAGGUCUCCAUCGGACAUUUUCAGCCAUUGACUUGAUAAAGGAGCGCAGAGGGAAGAAGACAGACAGCCAGACGGUUUUGGACUCAAGGCCGGCAGAAAUCCCCAGCAUGCUCGAUGUUCUGAAAGACAUGGGGAAAGUCAAGUUGCGAUCUGUCAAAAGUCGUCCAGUAGAUGGUGAGGCCAAACCGAAGGCCAGCAAUCCCGCAGACGCUGCGAUGCUCAUCGCUGAGGCCCUGAAACGCAAGUUUGCCCAUCGUUAUCGACAUGACAGCGGACAAGAAGACAAGGACGAUUUCAAAGACCCAGAAGUCCCAGAAGUGAAACCUAAAACCGAAACCCCUUUGUUUGGGCAGCACAUGUUGAAAUCGACUGGAAGGAGGAAGUUGAUCUAAACAGGAGACUGGCUCACUGAUGAAUCGGAGGUUCAGAACUCAAGGUCCUGUGGACACUUUAAAGUGCCUUAUCCGGCUUUUUCUCAUAUGAGCUGUUUCUGGAGGAACAAGAGAUUCUCCCUGUACUAGAAGACGGGCCGCUCCAAGUAUCAUCUCAUAGUGUUGCAUCCGAUGAUCAUCCUGACCAUCUGUUUUUGCACUUUUAUAACUUAUAACAUUAGCUUUCUGUUUUACAAACGUGAUUUAUUUUUUUGUUUAACUCAUGUUCCUACUCAUCACAGUCUGGAAUGAAAGUGUCAGAGGCACAGAAAUGCAUGUUUAAGCAACACUAGGAAAUGUUAUUAGUUUUAUUGUUCGAUCUUUGUUUAGGUUUUCAUUUUGGUUUGUUGCACACAGUCGGCUUUUCAUUCCCAUAUCUGAGUGGUCUGUGAAAGCUGAAGUUCUUCUACCACUGAAGAAAGCGAGCACUUUCUUUGUGGAAUCUUGUGCUGUAUUGUUAAUAUAUAUAGCCUAAUUUAUGAUUAUUACCAUUUAUUUAUGUUGUGGUUAAGUAAUCUUGAUCUUAACAACAGUAAUUAUGUCCUAGAUUUGUCCCUUAUUAAUUCCAGGUGUUAAGUUGUGUCGUAGUUGCCAGUCUUGUUGGGGCUUGUAUGUUGUUUUUUUUAAUUGGUUCAAAUACAUGCAUUCCAAUUUUAUUUGACAUUAUUUAUCUCUUUACUACGAUCAACGUUUAAAAGCCAAAGGCAUUCCAGUGAUGCUCUGCGAGAUUCUGCCCUUCACUGCCAAUUUUUACCUUUUGUGUCCUUUUUUUAUUUCCAAGUUUGGAAGACACUUAAAUAGUGAGGAAAACAGAGACCGUAACUGUAAUGCAAAGUUCAUAUUUCUAGGUCAAUGACGGUUACAAGUACACGCGCAGUGUAUUGUUGCGCAGUGUAUUGUACCUCAUUUGAUAAGAUAAGCCUUUUAUCUCACUUUAACCUUUUCACUCAGUAAAACAUCAUGACAAAAGAAUUACUACAUUCAUGUCAACAUAUGUUGACAAAUUUUGUUUAUAAGAACAAGUCUUGGGUCCUAAGGCACCUGUUAUCAGUAUCCCAAAGGUGUAUUGCUGUCUUGCCAGUAAUAUGACAUUUUCAUGCCCCAGUUUGGAAAUGUGACACAAAACUUAUCGCCUCCACUGGGUCAUGUAGAGUUAUAGGUAGUAUUUUGUUCACAGUGACUGACACAUGAUUCUGUUCACUAUUCAUGUCCGUGUAGUUGCUGCUUCAAGUCAACUGUUAUUAGCUUUUAUAAGGGACGGUGGACUGGGUCUGUCAGUAAUUGAGUGAUUUUAAAUGUACCGUUUAAGAUUUUGUAGAAGAGUUCAUAAAAAUGACUUAACUUGAAUUGUCAAAUCUCUAAAUAAAAGUUUAUUUCUCUCUG